AUGGGCGCAACUACUGAUUUUAAGUCUGCCACAUUGCGGCCACUCCUUGUCUUUUUCUUCACAGCUGCGCUGGUUUCUGCAGUUCCGGUCGGCAGUCCGAAAACCGCUACCAAAGUUGCGAAUGCUCUCGGCCAGGACCCAGCUGCGCCUGAACCGGAUAAUGGGUGUGGAUUUUCUGGGAAUCAAGACGUUUAUGGGUUGGGCAUCCGGAUAGGAUUGUAUGCUCAGUGGCUAUCAACUUUUCUUUCCAACUGGUUGCACCAGAAAAAAGUUACCAAGAUGAGGGAUGUCAAUACAUGUUUCCAGCUAGCCAUGUUGACAGCGCUACUGUCUAUUUCGAACCAGGGUGUCGCCCACGCCAUUGAUCCUUAUAUCAUCAUCAUCCAGAUCAUUGGUUCCGUAAGUGAUCUUCUUGUUCUUCAUGUCGAGUUACAGGAGCGGGAACUAACGCCAAACUAAGGCAUCAACGAUCACCAAUCACGCAACUCACAAAUCCCAAUGGAACAAAACCACUUGGGGUGGUGUCAUCCGUUUCUUCAUCUACUUUGCCGUUGCAGGAUACGCCACAUGGUUCUGGUGGAUGGGAAUAGACAAGAUGGAACCGACUCCGUGUGGCACCAAAGGCUUUGCAUUCGUCGAGGCCGACCUCUGGGACUGGUUCCGCACAGCGAACAAGUACGUCUCCAUAGUGUUUGCGGUGAUCUUCACCAUCCUCUUCGGAUACACCGUCUGGAACUUCGGACCGGAAUUCUGGCAGCGAACGCCAUUGAGCCGAUACAGGAAAUUGUCUGCAAAGGAGGAGCCCAAGAACACGGUUGAGCAAAGCAUGCAGGAGAUCACCUCCGGGAAAAUGCCUAAAUGGACUCCGGCACUUUGUGUUCUCGUCUUGAUCGUCUCGGUCAUUGCGAUCGAGUGUGUGAUUUCUUGGAAUGAGGUUCGGGAUGUCAACGAUAUCCUCUCGACGGGACAGUUGAUCCCGUUGGUUGUGGGUGUUGGUGGUUUGAUUCAGGUGCUUUAUAAGAUGACCGAUACCGAUGUUCGUGUUCACCGGCCGAGCACUAUGGCUGCUAGGAGGGAGCAAGCGCAGGUUAAGAUGACCCCAGGCAGUCAGUUUGGGCAGCAGACGGCUUAUAGGCCAGGAAUGGGAGCUCCGAUGGGCAUGCGUUAAUACGGGAUCGUGUUUUUUUUUUUUCAGUGUUAACGCUUUGGCGGGCGGGGCGCUUUCCUUUUUUUUUUUGCCUGUGGUGAUGCGCAUAAUAAUAGAGUUUGUAAUGUAAAAGUUAUUGAAGGCGUUCUCGUGA